AUGUCAUCCAAAAAGAAGACAUCGAUCCCAGCCUCGCACAGGCCGAUGCAAGGACAGAAGUUGGUCUUCCGAGUCCCGAACUACAAAUCAAAAACUCUGUCGGAGUGCGGGUCCGGGGAAUCCUCAGCCCAGGUCUACCAUUCUCGCAGGUCUCAUCGGAAAUCUCGUGCCGGAUGUGUGAACUGUAAACAACGCCGAGUCAAGUGCGAUGAGGCUAAGCCUCAUUGUAUCCGGUGCCAGAAACACGGUGUCGAAUGUGACUAUACGAGUAAAGCGGUCCAGCCGCCAAAAACCAACAAUAACAUCGUCUCGGAGUUCAUCAAAACGAACCCCGAUUUAAUCUCGAUUGACUCCUUGGCUUCUUCGGUUUCCCUCAUGAUGGUCUCUGACAAGCUUAGCGAGUUGCUACGUCCACCUACCUCGGGGAAGCUUCUGCCGAAAGAGCUCACUGAUGCGUCGGCGGUGAAUCGCACGAUCCAAGCCUUGCAUCAUUUCCAUAAAGGUCCAGCAUUCUCAGAUGAAAGCCCAGAUCCGGUGCGGGUCGUGAUGGGCAAAAUGGUCGGACUUGCCUUCGAAACACCUUUCCUCAUGCAUUCCAUAAUCGGAGCAGCAACCACGCACCUAUGCACCCUCCUCCCAGACAAUAAAGCCUACCGCGUCGCAGAAGCCUACCACUGGCAACAAACAAUAAACCAGUACUCAAUGGCCGUCUCAGUCCCCGUUACCCGCGAAAACAUGGACAAGCUCUACUCCGCCUGCAUGAUGAUAAGCAUGCACUCCUUCCUCCAAGAGACCUUCACCCCGCGGACAUCAUUCGUCUUCUCCACAGAUCCAGCAUCUCUAAACUGGCUCCGACUCCAGGGUGGUCUGCGAUACCUCCUCCAGCAAGCAUCGCACUGGCUGCCGGAAAGCAUGUGGUGGACUGUUUUCAUGCAGGCGCGAGAUCCGAAUAUAGAUUUCGAAGAUAAGAGGCCUGGUCGCGUGGGCCUUGAUUCUGAUUUGGCGGAUCUGUGCGGCAUUACGGAGGAUACGACUGUUGAGUCGUGUCCGUUGCUGUGGCCGCUGCGUAUGCUUAUGAGUCUUUUGUCGGUUGAGAGGGGGACGGCCAGUUUGCAGAAGUAUAAUACUUGGAUGGGGAGGAUCGAUAAUUCCUUUUAUGAGUGUUUGUGUAGGAAAGAUACCCCUGCGUUGGUCUUGUUGGCUUGGUGGCUUGGGCUGAUGUGCUAUGUUGAAGAGUGGUGGGUUGAGAUGAGGGUUCGCUCGGAGUGUACUGCAAUUUGCAUGUUUUUGGAGGACAGCUCUGAUUCUCUUGUCUUGAAGAUGUUGGAGUUUCCGGCUUCUUGUUGUGGGUAUCUGCUGCGGCAUGAGCAGGAACGGGCAGAGGUGUUGGAAUUGGGUUGA